AGCGCCCGGGGCGGCCGAGCCACCGCGUCUGCGCCCCGCGCGUCUGUGCGCUCCGCCCGCCAGGUCUGCGCGGGGCAUGGAGUAGCGGGGCGCGGGGACACACGCGGGGACAGACGCGGGGACAGGCGCGGGGACAGACGCCGGGACAGUCGCGGGGACAGACGCGGGGACAGGUAAUCCGGCCGUGCUCCGACGCGCAGGUGGACUCCCGGGCGGCGCCGGCAGGUGUGGGCCGGGGUUUCCCGAACCCGACCCUGCGGGCGGCUGGAGCGGGGGUCCCUGUCGGGGACUCCUCGUCGGGGUUCGGGGACGUCCGGCCGGGAGGAGGGGGCGACGCCACACAAAGGCGCCGCUGGGAACUCGGGCGCGGCCCCCACUCGCCGGAGGGCGCGGCGCUGCCCCGGCGGGAGGACCCCAGUCCACGGGCCGAGUCCUCCCAGGAUCACCCCUCACUCCCCGCGGGCCGGGGUCCUCCCGGGGUCCUACCGUCUCCCGUGGGCCGGGCCCUCCCGGGGACCCCUCGCUCCCCGCGGGCCGGGCCUUCCCGGGGUACCGCCGUCUCCCGUGGGCCGAACCCUCCCGGGGUCCCCCUCGAUCCCCUCGGGCCAGGCCCUCCUGGGGUCCCCCCGUCUCCCGUAGGCCGAACCCUCCCGAGGUCCCCCUCGCUCCCCGCGGGCCGGGCCUUCCCGGGGUCCCUUCGUCUCCUCGUGGGCCGAGCCCUCCCGGGGUCCCCCUCGCUCCCUGCGGGCCGAGCCCUCCGGGGUCUCCCCCCCCCCCCCGGUCUCCCCACGGUCUCAGAGGUUAAGAAAGUUGCGCCGAUGUCUCCCGCAGCCAAGUGCAAGCGGAGGUGCCAUUUCUCCCGAAAGUUGGGAGGGCGGGGGCAGGACCCGGGGCGGGGGGCGGGGGCGGCGCCCCGAGUCUCAGCUCCCAGCAUCUCCGCACCGGGGCCUCCGCGGGUCCCGGGGACACCGCGUCCCAGCCGCCGCCGCGGGCUCCCAUCCGCUCGGGGUCCCAGGGGUCCGCGGCCUCGGGCUCUGCCUGCCCCCCCCCCAAGCCCCCGCCGACUUUCUUUCCCGCCCCCGCCCCCCACGCCCUGCCCCUGCAGCGCGCGGAUCUCCCUGCGGCCGAGCGAGCGCACGAUGCGCGGGCCGGGACGCCCCCUGCUCCUGGGGCUGCUGCUGGUGCUGGGGGCGGCGGGGCCCGGGGUCGCUGCGCCCCGGGAGGCGGCCGACGGACAGACCCUGCUGCGGCUCAUCGCGGAGAUCCUGCAGGAGCUCCGGAAGGGCCAGGCGGGCGAGGCCAAGAGGCUGCAGCUCGCGGGCCGCAGGGAGGCCUCGGACUCCGCGCUGGACCCCGAGGAGCAGCGAGUGGAAAUCGUCCCUCGAGAUCUGAGAAUGAAGGACAAGUUCCUAAAACAUCUCACAGGUCCUCUUUAUUUCAGUCCAAAGUGCAGCAAACACUUUCACAGACUGUACCACAACACCAGAGACUGCACCGUCCCUGCAUACUAUAAAAGAUGUGCCAGGCUUCUUACCCGGCUGGCUGUCAGUCCUAUGUGCUUGGAGGGAUAAGCCGUGAGCAUAGGACAGAGGGACGGCAGCCCGUGAACCAUGAGAAGUGCCUUGGGAACCAACAGGGGACAGAACCUACUACCUUCACGAACACAUCCCCUUGUGAACAAGAGAUUUAUUUUUGCAGACAGACUCUUCCAUAAUUCCUUUAACUUGAGUUGUGUAUGUCGACACUGUUGGCGGAUAUGUAUUCAGCAAAUCAGCGUACCUGACGUUAAUACUGGCCACUUGUGAUUUUGGAGAAAAAGAAGGAAGGAUCCACGUUUGAUGAGCAGGGCUACAAAGUGACAGAGAAAGCGAUUUCCUUUUCCUAAUUAGGUGAAAUCUCAAAGAAUAUUUCUUUAGAAACAUAAACAGAAUCCGAAACUAUAUUUUCAUACAGCAUAUGGUAUGAUUUAAUAUUUUUAUUACUUUUACAAUUAAAUUCCCAGAGUAUUAUUUGGAAUUGCAUGAACACCCACAAAAAAAUGUGCCACGUUUUGGAGACAGUGGAGUGUAAAUCUGUGAACAUACCCAGGCUCAUUUCAUUUGUCCUUUGUACAAUAAAUGUAAGAUAGUAUCAGAUAUUGUGCAAUAUGUAAAUACUGUAAAGGCUGAAACAAGUAAUAAACAGUGUUUAUUAUAA